AUGAGUAGACCUCCUCUACCCACCUUUAUCAAUACUCCUUCAAACACUUUCGCCGACCAGGACCAAUCACAGCCCCCGCCAGGGUCUGGUGCCGGCCCAAACAAGCCUUCCUACGCAAAACGUGGGAAAAUCACCAUCGUCGCUUGCGUGCCCUGCCGCAGGCGCAAAACAAAGUGCGAUGGACGCCGCCCUGCAUGCUCGCAAUGCAUUGCUCGAGGGGGAGGACCUUGCCUAUAUGAUAUGGACGACAACCAGCGGAAACUUACCUUCCUUCGCGAAAGCCUCGAAUCUGUCACCGAGGAGAAAAACGUGCUCGAGUCUCUCAUCGUCACCCUACAGUCCGCACCCGAAGAACAGCUUUCUCACACUCUACGCCGACUACGAUCACCUGGCGGAGAUGCCAAUGCAAUUGCGCGUGAGACCCAUGCCGCACGCACGGCCGCCGCUCAAGCAUCGCCUGCAGAGUCGGUCUCACAUUCCGAAGCAAGUUCUGCGCAGGAAAGACCGCGACAAGUAUCGAGACUGGAGCAACUUGAACUGUUCGUCAAGACCAUCACGCAUGCAAACUCGACUGAGCUCGAAGAAAUCCAACGACGCUUACGAAGGAAGGAAGAUGUACCGGUGAUAUUGGGAGAUAUAGCGCAUAAAAACCUACUCCAUCCGUUGCGUCCGCAACGUGGUGACAAUGUGACACCUGGAUUGGAGGCAGACUAUUCUGCUCGUGCCAGCACGUUUGGACUGGUCAAAGGCGCUGCCUACCAGGAGAGCGCAGCUCCGCAGGCGCAGACACCUCUUGGCCAAAGUGCCAGAUGGACCACUGUCACAGACGACUUGGAAUAUGUCAACCAUCUUCUGGAUGUCUACUUCGCAUGGCAGCACUCGUUCUUCCAGAGCUUCCCAGAAAACCUAUUUCGCCGUGACAUGGCCUCUGGUGAGACAAAGUUUUGUUCAUCGACGCUUGUGAAUGCGAUAUGUGCAGCAGGAUGUCUGUUGUCGUCAAGAACAAGAGCUAGACGAGAUCCUGAGGAUGCUAGAUCUGCGGGUCUCGAUUUCUAUGAAGAGGCAGUACGAUUACUGAACUCAGAUAACUGUGCUUCUAGCAUACCGACUACUGCAGCGCUAUUUCUCCUCUGUCAUGUCGAAGGGAACAGGGGCCGCCUAAGCUCCCUGUGGAUGUAUAGCGGUAAAAGCUCACGUAUGGCACUUGACUUGAACUUGCAUCUUCGCAUAGAAGUGAGGGAGAAUGAAAUGGACGACGAGACUCAACGACAAGAAUUCGCCAGGCGCCACGCCUUCUGGGGUUGCUUCAUCUCCGACCAGGUAACAAGUUUCACCCUUGGCCGAGUCCCACAGAUCCCUACCAGUGCUGUGACUAUAGAACUACCACCAGUCGACGAUGAUCUGGACAAGCAACCCUGGAAUGCCUACGAUACACCUGGACCUGACAAACCUGGCGCAAGAUCCACAACGUUCAAUCAGUGUGCUGCUCUUUCCAAAAUAGUCAACUCAACACUCUGCAUGUUUUUUGCACCAACCCGAGUCCUGAGUGGGAGUCUUCUCUUGGAUGAAUACACGAAAUACGUGAAUUGGUCUCGGCGCCUCCCUGAUAUCAUCUCUUCUAUUGACGACGCACCGCCUCAUGUAUUAUGCUUGCACAUGUACUAUCACGCCGCAGUGCUCCUAUUAUUUCGCCCGUUCCUGAAAGCAACCUUUACCGAAUCAAAUUUGUCUCCACGAGAUGUCUGUCGUCGCUCGGCAAACUACAUAUCAGAUAUUUUUGCACAGCACCGGCGCAUGUACGGUCUCAGUGGACUGUACACAUUUCAAGUGCAUUGCCUGCUCACUGCAUGCACCAUACACAUUAUCAAUAUACCAGCAAUUGCUUCCUCAACAUACCUUACUGCCGCUUGCAACUCGUUCCAAGAUCUUGUUACCCGUAACGAGUGGGCCGUCGGCUCUCUCAACAUCAUUCGGGGUCUCGUGCAGAAAUGGAAUAUCGUCCUUCCCAUCGAGGCCGAGAAUGCACUGUACAGAAAUGAUACACAAAUGAGCCACUUCGACUUCACAGCCGACCCACAACGCGCCGUCGAGGCGCUCGUUCCCGAGCCCGACAGAACUGCACCCACAGGCGAGCCAGGAACCCGCUGCACGCCCACCUCUCACGACUCAACCUCGCCGCCCUCCACCGUCGACAUAUCUAGCACGUCGUCGAAACGCCCCGGCGCGCCACAUUUCUCCAUGCCCUCGACUGGCCUCUACCACCAAAAGCGCCAGCGCAUGAGCCAGUCGCAAACUAGGCUGAUUGGCGAGAACUAUCUCUUUGCGCCGUUUCCAAACCAGCCAGCGCCGCUGCUUGGACCCAUACACACGUCCGAAGGCGUGCAGGAGGAGGGCACGGACGGCGAGGAAGGUGAAAGCUUGGUAGAGAGGGUUUCUAGAGGGUUUGAUGGGCUGAGCUUCGAUAGCGAGGAUGGCAUGUUCGAUUCGUACCUGGGGUGGGAUUCGGGCGGCACGGUGGGCGGCCAGAGAUAUGGCAGGGGCAUGUAG